GUAUAUAUAAGCGUAGGUUGGGGUACCCAAUUUCCCACACAAGAAUCGAAAACAAAAUGUCGACAAUGUUGUCGAUCUUCCGUCAAUACACCUACGACGACUCGUUCGAGCAAGUGUUCGUGUCGGGAAAAAUUCUAAAGCAAUACCAAAUCGCGCUGACCUUCGCGACCGAUUACGACGAGAAAGACGCCCCCACUAAUGGGGUCUUCAGGCCCACCUGGGACCAGACGAAGGUGAGCCUGGACUCCAUCAUGCACUUCAAGCAGCAGCACAAGGACGUGGAAGUGAAAGUGUUCAUCUCCAUAGGUAACCGCGGCCCAAUCUACCCCUUCAAGCCCCUGGACACCAAAACAUGGGCCUCCAACGCCACCGCCUCCCUCACCCCCAUCAUCCAAAGCCUCCAAGUCGACGGCAUCGACGUGCUGUACGAGCACAUCGAUGCCUCCCCCGGUGACUUUAUCAAGUGCGUGGGACAGCUGAUAAGGAACCUGAAGGAGCAGCGGCUGGUGACGCUAGCUUCCAUUUCUCCCUCCUCCGCUCUCGACCACGAGUUCUACUCCACGCUCUACAACGACGUCUCGCUUUACGUUGACUGGGUUGACUACCAGUUCCAGAACGAGGUUGGCCCAGUCUACGACCCCACCACGUUGGUUCAGCGCUACAAUCAUCUCGCCAAGGAUGUUUAUCCGAGGAAGAAGCUCUUUGCUGGCUACAGCGCUGAGAACGAGGACUGGGCCACCUUGUCCCCCAUCGUCUUCUUCCUUGCUGGAAUCGACAUUCUCAAGAAGAAACGAGCCCCUGGCAUUUCCAUUCAUUACCAUAAUUACUAUUCGCAACCCCCCUCUACCUAGCCUAGCUAAUUCAUGCAUCUGCAUAUCUACUAUAUACUCACAAUAUCAUAUAAUAAUAUCACCAUCACUUCAACCCUUCAUAUAUAAUUAUUAAUCCUAUUCUUUUUCUUUUAAUAUGUUAUAGAUUAUUACUACAAUAAUAAACUAUUUCUUUCUAAUUAUAAUUAAUGAUUAUUCCCCAUUUCCCCCCUCCUUUGUUUCAUUAUCUAAAUUAUAUAUAUAGCUCAUUUCGAUUUUUAUA